GCCUCGGCCGCGCCCCCGCCGCGCCCCGCGGCCUGUCACCGUGGACAGCUCCAAAGCGCGCACCUCGCUCGAGGCGCUCAAGCUCAGCCUGCGGCAGCUGCGCUGGAAAGAGUUUCCUUUCGGUCGCCGCUUGCCCUGUGACAUCUAUUGGCACGCUGUGUCAUUUCAUGAUAAUGCCAUCUACUCAGGCCAAGUCAACAAAUUUCCAGGCAUGACAGAAAUGGUGCGGAAGAUCACCCUGAGCCGUGCCAUGCGGACAAUGCAGGAGCUCUUCCCGGAUGAGUACAACUUCUACCCCCGCUCCUGGAUCUUGCCCGAGGAAUUUGCCAUCUUCCUCGCGGAGGUUCACAUGAUCAAAGACACCAACCCUUCCUGGAGGCCCACCUUCAUUGUGAAACCUGAUGGAGGGUGUCAGGGGGAUGGGAUUUACCUCAUUAAAGAGCCCGGCGAUGUCCGGAUGACGGGCAACCUCCAGACGAGGCCCGCGGUGGUCCAGGAGUACAUGUCCAAGCCCCUCUUGAUCGACAAGCUCAAGUUUGACAUCCGUCUGUACGUCCUGCUGAAAUCUUUAGACCCGCUGGAGGUCUACAUUGCGAAAGACGGGCUCUGCCGGUUUUGUACGGAGCCUUACCAAGAGCCGACCCUGAAGAACCUCCACCAAGUGUUCAUGCACUUGACCAAUUACUCGCUCAACGUCCACAGUGGGAACUUUGUCCACUCGGACAGUGGCAACACGGGCAGCAAACGGACGUUUUCCAGUAUCCUCAACAGGCUGUCCUCCAACGGCAUCGAUGUCCGGAAGGUCUGGUCUGAUAUCAUUUCCCUGGUCAUCAAGACCGUGAUUGCCAUGGUGCCUGAGUUGAAGGUUUACUACCAGUCUUAUAUCCCCACUGGGAAACCGGGGCCAUCUUGUUUCCAGAUUUUAGGGUUUGACAUUCUCCUGAUGAAGAACCUGAAGCCGAUAUUGUUGGAAGUCAACGCUAACCCCAGCAUGAAAAUUGAGCACGAGAAAGAGGUUUCUCCGGGGGUUAUUGAGUACAUCCCAAGCCCUGUUGAUGAAGAAGUCAAGGUUGCAGUCAUUCGGGACACUCUCCGAUUAGUGGAUCCCCAUAAAAAGAAGAAGGAAGAAAUAGCUGAGCCCGGUGAUGCUGCGUCGCAGGAGAAAGAUGACUUGCUCGAAGAAGGGUCCGUGGAAAAACUGGAGUUGGAUGGCAGCAAAAGCCUGGAAGCCAACAUCCCCACAAUUUGCCUGAAGCAAGUUUUCCCAAAGUACGCAAAACAAUUCAACUACCUGCGGCUGGUGGACCGGAUCGCGGCUUUGUUCAUCCGUUUCUUGGGUGUGAAAGGAACAAGCAAGUUGGGACCCACGGGUUUCCGGACGUUUAUAAGAAACAGCAAGAUAAGCAACAGCGGAUUCAGCAUGGCUGCUGCGGAUAUCCUUUACAUCGACAUAACCAGAAGGGGAAGCGGCCUUGCCAUGGACCAAAGGGAUGCAGGGAUGGGCCUGCAGGCUUUUGUAGAAGCAGUCUGUUUUCUGGCGCAGAGGAGGUACAAGUCUCUCUCCCUCCACGAGCAAGUGGAGCUGCUGAUAGACUUCUGCGAGUACAACCUGGCUGCCCUGGACGAGAAGCGCCUGGCCUGCAACCGUGUUGUUCCUGAACGCCGCACAGCCCUGGUCACCUGCCAUCAAGACAGACUGCACCUGAGCCCUAGCGCUCACACGCCGCCUCAAUACCAUGGCCCGACGGCCCAUAAAUUGGUUGAUUAUAGAAGCCCCCGGCCCUGAAGAGGCUGCGUUUGGUUGGGGAAAAAUGAAGGUCUCUCCAGCAUGAAGCCAUCUGUGCCGCGGGAGAUGAAAUGGGCGCGGGAGCCCUCCUGCCUCAGAGUCAUAUUUUUAUUUAUUGCCACCUGUCCCGAUUGAUGCUCCUCCACCAAGAUCCUUGCCGCGCAGCGUCCACCUUUCGAACGAUGGCUGUCGGUGGGAGGGCCGGCUAUUUACGACGUCCUGUCAGAGCGACAAGCUGACUCCCCCUCCACUCUCUCUUCCAUCUCAAGUUGAUUUUAAACAAGGGUCAUCUACGAAGACCAAGCAUGGCAGGUGUCACGGAACCAAAACCGGAGAAGAACCCGCCUCGCUUGAGAGAGUCCGGCCUUGUCACUCCUCGCCGAAGUCUAAGUGGGCUGGGAGAAAGUGGUGAUUCACUGCGUUUUGCUUCGCGGGAGGAGGAAGAGGUGGGAGGGGGUGAGAUCUAGGAGGUAUGUAGAGCUAUAGAAAUGGUAGAAGAUGUUGGUAACGAUGAACUAAAACCCUAUUUAUGUAUUUCAGACACUUUGUCAGGGCUCUUCUCAUUCUGGAGGGUGGGUGGAACCAGCGCCCAGCACUGCUGAUGCGCUGUAGCUCAGCAGCGUAGCACACGCUCUGCAUGCAGGUGAUCUCAGGUUUUAUCCGCUGAAGUCUCCGCUUGGAAGGAUUGGGUGGCAGGGCCAGGAAAUGCCCUUGGCUGAGACGUUGCAUAGCUGCUGCCUGUCAGAGUACAGAAUACUGGGGUGGAUGGAGCAAUGGUUUGAUUUUAUCUAGUAUGCUCACUCACAGCUUUGUGGAGGCGGCGGG